AUGAAAGAGUUGGAUGUGAGUGGGUUUAUUAAUGAGUUGAACUCAAUUAUCAGAAAUGAGAAGAAUCAGAAGCCAGUUAGGAUCACGAUAAAGAGAUAUUAUCCUGAUAUUAAAGGUUGUAAAAAGAAACGUAAGGCAAUGGAGGAGGAAAAGAUAAAGGGUGGGACGGAUGAUUAUUAUUACUUGGCCAGAGUAACUGACGGGAAAAAGAGGAAAUCAAAAGUAGUGAUAAAGAACGAAAAAGACUCAAAUACUCUUGCCUCUGAUCUUAGCAGAAGCUUACUUAAAGUAGACAACCAGAAAAAAAAUAGAAAAUGA